AUGAUGAAGGACGAAAUCAGUGCCCGCGAUGCUCUCACCAUCAACUUAUGGGUAUUUCGAUCAGUGGGAAUAUGGGCGGCGGAUAUAAACAGCCGUUCACUCAGGUUUAUCUACAACAUCUACGGCACGAUAAUGAUCACGACGCUGUCAAUCAUUUACUUUUCAACGGAAAUAAUUUACGUAAUUGUGAUCUGGGGUAAUCUGACAGCCAUUAGUGAAAUAUCAUUCCUGCUCUUGACGCACAUCGGUACCGUCGUGAAGCUGUUCAACUUCCUGAUACGUCGUGAACGGGUGGAAAAACUAGUUGAAAAUUUGCUUCAACGGGAUUUCCUACCGAAGCAUAACGCGCACCGCGAUAUCUUGACGUUGACGGUGAAAGUGGUGAAUCGAGACAACAUACUCUUCAUCCUGAUGUGUGCAUCGACUGUAAUAGGCUGGGCGAUCGUCCCGAUGGUGGAUAGCGCCAGGCCGCGGCGUUUGCCGUUGAAAACUUGGUUCCCCUUCGACAUAAGCAACUCGCCUAUCUUCGAAGUGAUUUACGCUUAUCAAACUGCUGCGGUGAUGAUGAACGCCUUCAUGAAUGCAAUGAUGGAUACCUUCGCGUCGAGCCUGAUGGCGCUCGCUGGUGCUCAGCUAGACAUGCUUCGUCACGAUUUAUCCAACCUCGGUAGAGAGGAUGAAGAGGAUGAAGAGGACGAGGAGAAUCCCGCGGAAUUUAAGACUGCGGUAACCCAACGUGCUGCUGGACGUAUAUCGAACGUCGUAAGAGCGGAGGAUAAGCUGAAAGGUAAACUGAGAACUGGCAACGUUCCAGAGGAAUUUCCACCUCGCUCCCUGCAAGACGAUAUUUUACAUGAGCGCAUCGUCGGCUGCAUCGAACAUCACGGCGCCAUCAUCAGAUUCGCAAAUGAAGUGAAGGACGUGUUCGGCAUUGGUAUUCUCGUCCAAUUCGCGGUUAGCAGUAUCAUACUCUGCCUGACGUGUUUCGAGUUAACUUUGCUAUCGCCAGGUAGCUUGCAGUUCUGCUCAAUGCUCCUCUACCAGGGCUGCAUGCUCUUGGAAAUAUUCUUCUACUGUUGGCAUGGAAACGGGAUAAUAUAUAAGUCAGAGGACCUGAUGUUGGCGCCCUUCCAAUGUCGGUGGACGACCUGUUCUCCAAGAUUCAAAAAUACCUUGCGUAUAGUGAUGUGUCGAAUGCAGCGAGCCCAUAAGCUCACCGUCGGCAGAGUGUUCAAUCUGUCGCUGGAAACGUUUUCCAUGAUUCUUCGCACCGCCUACUCGUUCUACGCGGUUCUACAGCGCGUCCACAGCAGAGUUAUAGAGGCUGAAAAAGACGAUUUGAGGAACUUGUGAAGCCAAGAAAAAUUCGAGGAUCUAGACAGUACGUGCAAUCGUUCUGUCAUGGGUGAAUA